AGCAGGAAUGGAGAUGUUUAGCUUUUUGUUGAUGACUUUCCUUUUUGGAAGUGGUAGCUUCUUAACCAUGAAGAGAGAUGAGGCUGCUGGCCGUAUUUCCUCAUUAGGCUGUAUUUUGCCUAAAGCCUGUCCAAUGACUGGCUAUGAGAGUUGGUUCAGAGUGGGGUCACGCUGUGUCAAAUACUUUGGCAAUCCUCUCAACUUCACUGCAGCUGAGUUCAGCUGCAGAAGCAACGCCCCUGGUGGACACCUGGUGUCAAUGCACAACACAAAGGCUAAUGGUGACGUGCUCUGCAUUGUGAUCAAGUAUAGUCCACAUAACCUGCGCAUCUGGAUCGGAGGCUUUGAGUUGUUUCAGUCUGGUAGAUUUGUCUGGACUGACGGUUCCUUUUGGAACUAUCAAAUCUGGACACCUGGUGAGCCCAACCACAGAUUCAGUAACAUUAAUGACUGCGUGGAAAUGAACUGGAAUCAUGUUGGCAAGUGGAAUGACGAGCCUUGUUAUGUGCAGAAAAACUACGUAUGCGCCUUCAAAGUGAUGACAGCUUUGACUUAGACUUGCAGUAGGCUUAGACUGAACUGUUUUAUCUGUCAAUUAACCUUAAACAUAACUUUGUAUUCAAAAUUGUGAAAACAACAUUUUUAAAAAUGAA